UCAAACUUUCCAAUUCCAUUUCCCCAUCAAGAGAAAACUUUCCAUCCCCAAUUCACGGCUCACAACCACCCACAAGCCCCAAUUCUCUCUCUCUCUCUCUCUCUGUCUCUCUCUCUCCCUCUCUCAACCAAAGAAACCCACAAAAAUGGUUUCAAAGGCCAUCAAGAAAAGCCCUCCCAAACCCAACAAACCCCACCGCGGCCGCCCCCGCCGCCGCAACAAGUCCCCCACCAAGACCGUCGCCGCCGUCUCCUCCCUCAUCCACUCAUGCCAACGCCGCCUCAUCAAGAUCUUCUCCAAACUAGCUCGAAUCGCCACCCCCCACAAGAAAAUACACAGUUACCAAGUUCUCUCGAAAACCCCCGCCGGCGGCGCCACCCGCCGGUGUCUCUUCUCCGCCGCCGCCAACCGCCCUCUCCCGCCGCAGACAUCGCCGGAAGAAAAACCCACCAUUGUUCUUGACCUGGACGAGACCCUUGUCCAUUCCAAGCCCGACCCACCACCGGAAAGGUACGAUUUCGUCGUCAGGCCAGUGAUUGACGGCGUAAAAGUCGAUUUCUACGUCUCGAAGCGACCGUACUUGGACGAGUUUCUUGAUAUUCUGAGUAAGAAAUUCGAGAUAGUUGUUUUUACCGCAGGGAUAGAGGAGUAUGCGUCCCUGGUUCUAUCUCGGCUGGACCGGAAAUCGGUGAUAAGUCACCGGUUGUACCGGGAUUCUUGCCGGGAGAUGGAGGGUAAAUUUGUCAAAGACUUGGGGGUUUUGGGGAGGGAUUUGAAGAGAGUGGUUAUUGUCGAUGAUAACCCAAAUUCGUACGUUUUACAGCCGGAGAAUGCUGUUCCGAUUUCGCCCUUCGUUGAUGAUGUUCGUGAUGGGGAGUUGAGGAGAUUGGUGGAGUUUUUUGAGGGGUGUGAUGGGGUUGAGGAUUUGAGAGAUGCUGUGAAGGUGUACCUUAGUGAUGGUAAUGAACAAGGUAAAUUGUGAAAUGUGGUUUUUUGUUGUUGUUGUAUGGUAUUGGGAUUUCUUUUAGUCUGUUGGAAUCAGAAGAAUAUGAUGCUUUAUUUGCAUUGCACAGAUUAGUUUCCAUAUCCUGAAAAGUAGUGGUGAUGAUUUUUUGUCUGAUAUCAAUUUUAGUUACUAAUCUGUUGAUGUACCUCAUGUUUAGAAUCCAGGAGAAAUAUACAAGUUCUUUCCCUUUUUUGUUGAUUUGAAGAAGGGGCAGUUUUUGAAA